CUCCUUUCAGGACUCUGAUUGGCCGGCGCCUGGAAGCGUAAGCCGGAAGUGGGAAAGGGAAACACAGAGCGGGCAGACCACGUGGAGUCCGCGCCUACAAUCGCCGCGAUGAGCGCCGGAGACGCCGAGGGAAUGGCAGCAAUGACGGGAGGCGAUUCGGAGGACGAGGCUUGUUCGUGGGGCAGCGGCAGCGAGGAGGCCUGGGCGGAAGAAGGCGAGGAGGCCAGGGGCUCUGCGCCCAGCGCAUCGUGCCUUUUCUGUGACGGGUUUUUCAGUUCAGCAGAAGAUGUUUUUGGCCACUGUACAUUAGACCAUGGAUUCAAUGUUGGAAUGUUGGCUCAUAAACACAGACUUGACUGCUACAAUUACAUCAAGCUAAUAAACUUCAUUAGAGUGGAAAAACCAACUGCAGAGUAUUUUCUUUCUGUGAGUUCCCCACUUCCUUGGGAAGAGGAGAAAUAUUUGAAGCCUGUGUUGGAAGAUGACCUUUUACUUCAGUUUGAUAUAGAUGAUCUUCUUGAUUAUACUAAUAUGCCUUAUCCUAAUGGUCUACCUGAGGCUUCAUCGCUCCUUGAGCGUUUGAAAUGGGCAGAGCACAGAGCAGAGCUGGCAGAAGAUGCAUUGGCCAGAGCCCAAGAGGAUCUUCAAAAAAUGAGACAAUUUGCCCAGGAUUUUGUGAUGAACACAGAAGUCAGAAGUGGCUCAUCAGUCAGCAGCAUUGCGGAUCUUCAGGAGAGCGAGGAGGAUGUUUACUUCAGCUCCUAUGGGCACUAUGGCAUUCACGAAGAGAUGAUAAAGGAUAAAGUGCGCACCGAAAGCUAUCGUGAUUUCAUAUAUCAAAAUCCUCACAUCUUUAGAGAUAAGGUUGUCCUGGAUGUUGGCUGUGGGACUGGAAUCCUGUCCAUGUUUGCUGCCAAAGCAGGUGCAAAAAAGGUGAUUGGAGUGGACCAAUCUGAAAUUAUCUACCAGGCCAUGGAUAUCAUUAGGCUUAAUGGACUUGAAGGCUCCAUUUCUUUGGUCAAAGGAAGAGUCGAAGAAGUCGAUUUGCCUGUUGAAAAAGUAGAUGUGAUCAUAUCUGAGUGGAUGGGCUACUUCCUUCUCUUUGAGUCAAUGCUAGAUUCAGUCAUUUAUGCAAGGGACAAGUACCUGGCAAAAGGCGGCUCAGUGUAUCCUGAUGUCUGCACCAUUAGCCUGGUGGCUGUAGGAGAUCUCAGUAAACAUGCAGACAGAUUAGCUUUCUGGGAUAACGUAUAUGGCUUCAGCAUGUCCUGCAUGAAGACGGUUGUAAUUCCUGAAGCUGAUGUAGAAGACUUAGACUCAAGCACACUAAUAUCGGAAGCUUCUGUCAUCAAGCGGAUAGACUGCCAUGUUGUAUCAGUUUCAGAACUGGGCUUUUCAUCAGACUUCACCCUGAGAUUCACAAAGACUUCUAUGUGCACGGCAAUUGCUGGAUAUUUUGAUAUAGGUUUUGAGAAGAAUUGCAACAAACAAGUACAGUUUUCAACUAGUCCCUGUUCUGCCAAAACACACUGGAAACAAACAGUGUUUUUUCUGGAGAACCCAAUUUCUGUAGAAGAAGGUGAAGAAUUGAAAGGAAGGAUCAUGCUCCACAAAAACAGAAAAGAUCCAAGGUCACUUGUUGUUACACUUUGCAUUAAAAAUGUGAAACAGACAUACAGCAUUCAGUGAAACUGUUCCAUGAUCAGCUUUAAGAUGCAUUCUUGUAAAAAUGUAAUAUACUUAUUUGCAGGUUGCUGCCUGUGAAUAAAAAUCAUGGCUAUUUGCUUCAGUUUUCUGGAAAUGAUGCUGUUCUGCUUUAUGGCCCAACUAUUUCCUAAGACCUGAGAGGCAUUUCUAGUAAGCAAAUGAGGUUCCAUUGAAUAAUCAUCUGAUCAAACCUGCAGAGCAUUAUACUUGAAGCAGAGGUUUUUGCAAAUCAUGAUGGUCCAGCUUUUAAAUAAUGUUUCAAUGAAUUGUGCAACUCAAAAUACCUAUGUAUUUAGGAAGAGCAGGUUGGGUGCAUAGUUUGGUUUUGCUGAUGGUAGCAUUCUGUGACUAAAGCUCUGGUUUUUACUUGGGACAAGGUUCAGGACAGAAGAUUCUAAUCUGUUUCUCCUUUUGCCACUUCAAAAGUUUAUGGAGAGCAUCAAAAUCAUCUCCUGUCCUAGACACUAGUGGAGCGACUCCAGUGGAUUAAAAAUGUUCUCUUGGUGAAAGGAAUCCUGCCCAUUCAUAGAAAGCAAAGUCUAGAUUUAGCUCACUGAUAAUCAUUUUGAGAGUAAAAGAAAUCUGAAUGGAUUACAUGGUAUAAAGACUUUGGGAUUUAUCUCCCUGAAUGGUCAAAUGUAUGCUUUUCCAAAUAUAUUUUUCUAAGUACAGUUGUGUUAUUUGACAUAUUGAAUUAAAUAUGUCUCUUGACUUUGAACCUAUCAUAUUGAAUUAUUGUUCAACUGUCAGUUCUGGCAGUUCUGCUCUAAUUUUUCAUACUUUAUGCUAAUAACACAGAAUUUUGAUGUUAUAUAUCCUUUAUGUACUGAUCAAAAUUUGCCUAUAAAUUGUUGUACUCUAAACUUUGGACAAUUAAAAACAAUUUUGAUAUCUUCACCCAGUGGUCACGGGAAUGUGGCGAACAUUCUGGUCAAUGUAAUAGGGUUGAAAUAAAGGUGGGGUAUCUCCCACCUUUGCUUCAACCCUUCAGUUGAGAUCAGCAGCCAAUGAGAGACAUUGGGGGAUGGAAGAGAGCAUGAAUGAGAAGUGGCAAGGAAGUUGCCUCUGCCUGCCUUCUUCCAUAGACUUUUUACUCGCUCCAAUUGCAAUAAUUAAAAGACGGGGCCAGCUCAGUCACAGGAUGUGGCUUUCUCUGAACCAUCUGACGACGUGCCACUCAUUUCAAGGGAACUCAAGCAACCCACCUAUAACUUUCUCCUCUUUAAAUCUUUAUGAGUUUCGGGGUCACCAGGUGAGCUUUUUGUGUUAUUACUAUUGACCUUAGGAGUGCCCAGAAGACUGUGUUCUCCAAAGCUUACAGCAACCUUAGAUAUCUUCUACCUCUGAUAUAAAGAGAAUAUUGAAUAGAGGACAUGUUCAGGAUGAGCAAAUAAUAGUUGUGUAUUGAGCCAAGCCAAUUCUUACUUAAACUGUCGAUAAUUAUAAAAUGUACAAUAAAGAAACGAGUGAAGUGUGUUCUUGUA